UAUGUUUGUCUUUUUCUAGGGAUUUCCAUUACUGCAACUCAUCUCUACUCCAUUUGACCAUCUUUUGAAAGAAGUCCAUGUUCUUCCUCUCACUGGUUGUGGUGUGAAUUUGAAGGAACAGCCACUACCAUUCACCGAUGCCAAAGAAGAAAUCAGGGAGGAGAUGGUUUUGGAGCCAGUUCUGCGCCCGAUCAUCAGAAUCUGCUUCUUCUUCCUAUCACUCCUCCGACACCAUCAAAAACCAAGACUACAGAUACGAUGUGUUCAUCAGUUUCAGAGGCCCUGAUACCCGCAACUCUUUCGUUGAUCAUCUCUACUCUCAUCUUCUCCGGAAGGGUAUUUUUGUCUUUAAAGACGACCACAAGCUCCGCAAAGGAGAAUCCAUUUCAUCACAGCUUCUACAAGCAAUCAGAGGUUCUCGAAUUUCUAUCAUCGUCUUCUCCAAAGAUUAUCCUUCCUCCUCGUGGUGUUUGGACGAAAUGACCACUAUAGCUGAUUGCAAACAGCAAUAUAACCAAACUGUUUUCCCUGUUUUCUAUGAUGUUGUUCCGUCUCACGUACGACAUCAGAACGGGGUAUACGAGAAGGCCUUCGUUUCACUCAGACAGAAAUUCAAAGGAAACCCAGAUAAGGUUUAUCGAUGGGAGAGAGCUAUGAAUGGGUUUGGCAAAUUAGCUGGUUGGGACGUCAGAAACAAGUCCGAAUCUGAAGUAAUUGAAGAUAUUGUUCAAAAGGUAAUAAAAAAAUUGGGUCACAAAUUCUCUGGGUUUGUUGAUGACCUUAUUGGGAUACAAUCACGUGUACAAGCAUUAGAAGAUAAAUUAAGAUUAAGUUCAAAAAGUGGUGUUCAAGUUUUAGGAAUUUGGGGAAUGAAUGGAAUAGGAAAAACAACUCAUGCCGCCGUCCUAUAUGACAAAAUCUCUCAUAGGUUUGAUGCUUCUUGUUUCGUUGAGGAUGUGAGCAAACUUUAUAGGGAUGGUGGCCAGACUGCUAUACACAAAGAGAUCAUUAAUCAAACUUUACGUGAAAACAUAGAUAUGAGUAGUCCAAUUGAAAUAUCAGGGAUUGUAAAAAAUAGGCUUCACAACAUAAAGGUCCUCAUAGUUCUGGACAACGUUGAUGAAUUAGAGCAAUUGGAAAAUUUGGCCAUAAAACCUAAAUUGCUUUUGAAGGGAAGUAGAAUGGUUAUUACAACCACAGAUGAGCAUAUUCUGAAAGUGUACGAGGGUAAUGUAUUGAUACAUAAGGUUUCGUUAUUGAAUGAUAAUGAUGCUCGUGAAUUGUUCUGUAGAAAAGCCUUCAAAAGUGAAGAGCAAAGCAGUACUUGUGCGGUGUUGAUUCCUGAAGUACUAAAAUAUGCCCAAUGUCUUCCCUUGGCUAUUAGAGUGUUGGGUUCUUUCUUGUGUACUCGAGAUACUAUUGAAUGGAGAGAUGCAAUAAAUAGAUUGCAAAAUAGUCCACAUAAAAAAAUUAUGGAUGUACUUCAAAUAAGUAUUGAUGGACUAAACCAUGAGGAAAAACAAAUAUUUUUACACAUUGCAUGUUUCUUUAAAGGGGAGAGAGAGGAUUAUGUUAAGCGAAUUCUAGACUGUUGUGGGUUAUACCCUCACAUUGGAAUUUCAAGACUCAUUGAGAAAUCACUCAUCACUAUUAGCAAUGAAGAAAUUCAGAUGCAUGAAUUGUUACAAGAAUUAGGAAAAAAAAUGGUUCGCGGCCAAUCUCCCGAGGAACCAGGAUCAUGGAGUAGAAUAUGGCUUCAUAAAGACUUCUUGCAAGUCUUGACAACAGAAACGGGAACAGAGAAGGUAAAAGCCAUAGUUUUAAAUAAAAAAGAAGAAUUGUUGGAAUGUAGUGUUGAUGGAUUGUCAAGAAUGAAGGAGCUUACAUUACUCAUAUUACAUCACACAAAACUUUCAGGAAGCCUGGAGUUUCUUUCUGACAGGCUGCGAUAUCUAUUGUGGCAUGAUUAUCCUUUUGCUUCUCUGCCUCCAUAUUUUACAGUCUCUAAUCUUGUGGAGUUGAAUAUGCCUAACAGUCGCAUCACACAUAUAUGGGAAGGCCGCAAGAGCUGUCCCAACUUGAAAAGGAUUGAUUUAAGCAACUCCAAGAAACUGACUGAGACUUUAGAUUUUUCCAGAACCAUAAAACUUGAGAGGCUAGAUCUUUCUGGAUGUACAAGUUUAUCUUAUGUCCAUUCAUCAAUUGGACUUCUUAAGAAGCUUGCUUUCUUGAAUUUACGAAAUUGUCGGAAUCUAGUUUUCGUUGACUUUGGCUGUGUAGGCAACAUGAGUUCUCUGAGAGUUCUACAUCUCUCGGGUUGUUCUAAGCUUGAAAGCACCCCAGAUUUUACAAGGGCAACACAUCUUGAGUACCUUGACAUGGAUGAAUGUACAAGCUUAUCCACUAUUCAUCAAUCCAUUGGAGUCCUUUCAAAUCUUACUUUCUUCAGUUUGAGAGGUUGCACAAAACUUGUCAGUAUACCAAAUGAUAUCAAUUCCUUGGUAUCUCUUCAAACUCUAGUUUUGUGCCAUUGUUAUAAACUUACAAGUCUGUUUCCAAGACAAGCUUCUAAAUCCCAUUUGGAAUGUUUGAUUUUUCUGGAUCUAAGUUUUUGCAAUCUACCAGAAGUACCUGAUGCUAUUGGAGAAUUAAGAUGUCUGGAAAGACUGAAUCUACAGGGAAACAAUGUUGUUUCAGUGCCUGAUUCCUUCAGGGGGCUUCAUUGUCUAGGAUAUAUAAACUUGUCUCAUUGUCAUGAGCUUAAAUCUUUGUCUAACCUUCCAAUUGAAGGAGCUGCAUCAGGGGGGAAGUAUUUUAGAAAAGUAUCCGGAUCUCGUGAUCAUAGGUCAGGCUUAUAUCUUUUUAAUUGUGCCAAUAUGGUUGAUAUAUUGUCCAAACCGUGGGAUUGUUGGAGUUUGGAACUUGCAUGGCUUUUCAGACUAAUUAAGGAAUCCUGUCAUUUUCGAUGUGGCUUUGACAUUGUUGUUCCAUGGGGUUUGGAAAUUCCGCGGUGGUUCACCAAAAGAUUUGAAGGGGAUUCAGUUAUAAGGAUAGUGGAAUUUAGUGUGGAUGAAGACUGGAUGGGCUUUGCCUUUUGUGUUAUAUUUGGGGGAAACACUGCUCUUGUUGUUGAUGAUUCUUCACCGCACCCAUUAUAUCUUUCUUUCGUAAGUAAACAUACAGAAGAAUACUGUGAUGUGCCACAUAAUGUGAACAUACAACAUUUUGCUAAAUCAAAUCAUUUUUGGAUCAUUUAUAUCUCGAGAGAGCAUUGUCAUUUUGUGAAAACAGGAGCACAUAUCACAUUUAAAACCCUAGCAGGGGUUAAGAUCCAUGCAUGGGGGAUGAGGAGUAUAUUCAAAAAAGAUGUACAUGACUUUAAAAGGAUGCAACAAGGACAACCUCUUCCAUUCCCUCGCAAUGAAGUACACCCUCUCAACUUUGUUUUUGUGAAAAAAAGCAAGACCAAUUCUGGUCCUGUAUUCCGGCUUCCCUACAAUUGGUUACUCACAAAGGAAGAUGAAGUAGAGAAACAUGAUGCAGAAGUAAAGGAAAACAAUUUGUCUUAUGCAGGGUUUUAAAUGCACUACAAAAGACACGAAUAUGCAUCUUUUGGGACCCAAGGUAAUGAAUUAUUUUCUAAAUCAGUAGGUCCUAAUUAAUCGUUGAUUCACUAUUUUGUAGAAUUAAUGGUUAUUAAAAUUAAUAGUGCAAUAUACGUGAUUGGUGUACUACAUUGAGAACUUGUGGUCAAUUUAGACGUGUAAAGAUGGGCUAUCUGGCUACAUCUAGUCCUUUUAUGGUUGGUGUGUUAAUAAAUUGGCCUAUUUAAUUUAAAA